UUCUUUUUUUGUUUCUUAUUCUUUUCUUUUAGGGGUCGUUUGGUACACUGAUAAGGCAGGAUAUUGGGAUUAAAUUCUUUGAUUGAAUUUAUACCAUAUUUGGUUGAGUUAUUAUUACUCCCAAUAUAAAAUUUUACAACAAACGGAUUAUUUUAUCCCAUCUCCUAGGCGGGAUAACUAAUAUCAGGAUUAGUUUUCAUGGGAUAUAUUAUUAAAUGACCAUCUUACCCCUGAACCCAUUUCAUAUAUAUCCUUAUUCAUUGUUUUUAGAAAACUGUAAUGUACUUAGGGUAAAAAUAGAGAAAUUGAGGCAGUUAUGGGAAUUUAUUGAUACAAAUUGUAGUACUACAAACUAUGAUGAACUCUAUAGCUAUUACAGAUACAAUGGCUUCCAAAAUGAAAGCUUCAGCAACAAUGGAGAAUUCCCUUAAAUGAGAGAAUGAAUGAGGUAAGAUAAGAGAACAGAAGAGAAGAGAGAGAGAGAGAGAGAGAGAGAGAGAGAGAGAGAGAUGAGAGAUUGAGAGUGAAAUACGAGAGAGAGCAUAUAUUUUUAGCAGAUUUUCUAACUGCCUCAGCUAGAUCUUUGGCCUGGUAUUUAACUUGGGCCACUAUUUCUAGCCGCCUAAGUGAUCCUAUGCGUCAAUUUCAACACACGUGGCGAUGCACGUGACCUUAGUUGUGUCUUCGCUUCAACUCAACCCCAACCCUAAUUCCCAAAAAUCCUUUCCUUCAAAACACCGUUACUUCUCCACAAGAGCUCUAGGUGACUCAUUAAAACAGGAAACUUAUUACUCUGUGCGUCCAUUUUUAUUUACUUAUCCACUAGAUUAAAAUAGAUGUACACUUUUAGUUAUCCAGUUUGCAAAAUCAAGACAUAAUUUAUCACUUAGUUCUAAUUUACCCUUAUUAUUAAUCAUAAUCAUAUUUCGAUGCAUUUCCCAAAAUAUUGAAUGCACUAUAUAUAUGUAUAUAUAUAUAUAUAUAUAUUGAUAUAGUAAACUUAUCAUUUUUUAAUUACUCCCUCCGGUCUGCUUUACUUAUCGUCCUUAUUAAAUAUAGAUAGUCCAAAAUAGUUGUCAUUUUAGAAAAUCAAGAUACAGUUAACUAUUAGUUUCCACCUCUACCCUUACUCAAUAAAUGUGGUGGAAAAAACAGUAGUAUUGAUUGACAACAAAGAAUAAAUAAGGAUAAUUUAGUCAAAUCACCCGUUAGUUAAUAUUAGCUUAAUGGGCGUACAAAAACAAUGACAAGUAAAACAAACCAGAGGGAAUACCCCUUCAAACAUGGACAAGUAAAAAUGGACGGAGGGAGUAUAGAAAACAUUUAUCAAAGCAAUAGCCACAAAGAUGUUGAAAAUAGCUAUUGGUCGGGUCUACAUAUAAGAUAUGCUAAUUAGCUCGUUAACCAUUAGCUUGUCCUCCUCAUAAACUUUAAUUGUUAUAUUCUAAUGUAUAAAUACACCAUUAGGAUAUCUAGGUUGUUGACGAAGGGAAUAGUUUCCUAGAGGACAUCUAGUUCGUUGGCAAAGAGAAUCUAUCUUAAAAAUUCCUGACACCCGAUGAUACAAGUCGUGAUUGUUGCAUAUUUCUUCCGCCAAGAAGAAACCCAAACUGGUAUUUACAUGUAAUGAGAAUGUCAGGCAUCUAGUACUAGUAUUUUGUAACUUUUAAAAUUCAUGGUCAAAUGAUUGAUUUUUUUUAUUUGCUGUCAAAAUAUGAAGUACAUAUAUUUAAAGAACCACACAGUAUUUUCACAUAAAGAAAAAGGGGGUUUUAGUUUUAAAAGCAUUGUUUAACUGUCUGCAACUCGAAGUACUCCAUCUAGUUAAAAAAAAAAAGUACAUUUAGCCUUUAUUUUUUUGUUCAAAAAGAGUGUCGACUUACGAAUCAAUAAAAAAUUAACUUGUAUUUUCAAAUUUUCACAAGUCAUAGGUAUAUGAGUAUGUAGAGUUGUAGUGCAACAUUGUUAUACCCCGUACAUUUAUACGACGAAUUAUCCGCAAGCAAAUCGACUCAAGUUAAAGGCGGAAUUAUUUUCGGACAUGAAAUAAGAGCUUUUAAUUUUCAACUUUGAUUAUUACAAAAAUUGCUUAUAAAUUUUAUUUAGCAUAAAAAUAUUAAUAUUGGAGAUUAGGAAUUAAUUUAAUUAUCGAAAGUGGGCCCCCACGACACGUGGCGAGAUUUGGUUGGCCUUGAAUAAAGAUGGACACAUGUCAUGAAAAUUGACACAUGUCCACUUUGUAAAGAUUAUAUAAAUGAGCAUAAGUGGAUAACUACACUACAAUUAAUCUUGCAAAUUAGGUUUUAGAGAGAGGGGUUCUCAAGCCUAGAGAGAGAGAGGGGUUCGGGCACUGUUCACGGCGACUGUUCACAGCGGCGCCACUGUUCACGGCGGCGCUACUGUUCACGCCGCCACUGUUCACGGGCGGCGCCACUGUUCACGGACACUGUUCACGGCCAGCCCAUUUUUGCCCCCUUCUACACAAUUAAUUGGAGAGAUUUGAAGAUCAAGAGGAGGAAAAAGAUGGAGCUCAUGGUAGCCAUGGCAACUCACGGCCAUGGCUUUCUUGAAGACAUUUCAUGGUGAAAAAUUAGAGUUUGUCUCUAAGACCUUGGGGAGCCCGAGGCGUAGAUUUGGAUUAGCUUUAGAUUGGCUAUCUUGGAAGUGCGUUCGAGGUACCGACGACAGGUUUGCUGAUCCGUCCGUCUAGGAUAUCUUUUCUGCCAUUUGGAGCGCUCUUUUAUUCAGAGCCCAUCUUUUGGAAAAAGAGAAGGAAGAAGGGAAGUUUUGAAGAUUGUUAGCUUUUGAGCCUAUUAAGGUACACUACUUCAUGAUGGCAACUGAAGAUAAAACACUGUUUUGUUAUUGUCAUUGGGGCUGGAAGAAAAAGGUGCUUCCUGAUGGAUCCACUUCGUAUGUGGGAGGUAUUACCCGUCAGGUUACUGUGAAGAUAGGCAUAGAGUAUAAUGAUUUUGUGAAGGCAGUUUUUGACCGAUUAGGCAUUAUUAAUCCUUCAGAUAAGAGAUUGCAAUUUACUGCAAAGUUUAAUUCCCAAUUGAUAGACCUGAAAGACCAAAAUGAUGUCAAUGCUCUCUUUCAAUAUAAUGAUGGUUUUGCUGAUAUUUAUGCGUCAAGUUUGGAGAAGAAGCCUUAUUCUAGACAGACAUCAGGUGGCGCGAAAAAGGUUGAUGAUGAGAAUGAUAAUAAGUGUGGAGUAUUAUCCAAAGUUUCUGUAGCAAAGCAACCACCUCAUCAGGUUAAUGGAAAUCCAUUUGUCAGGCAAAACAACAUUCAAAAUGGCUCAAAUGCUCAGUUCAGUAAUCUAAAUCCCCAUCAAUCUACACAAGCAACUUCAUCUGCAAUGCAGGAAACAUUCUGGACAAAGUGUCACACUUGCAAAAUUAGGUUCCAGUAUUACAGUAAUUAUGUCAACCGUGCUCUACGCUGCAAGAUAUGCUUGAAGACUUUUAUUGCAUAUGAUCUAGGUUCUCAAGGUGCCGCUGAGACACCCAAACAAAGUCAACCUGCGGGUCAGAAACUGCUUCCUAACCAAUCUAAUGUCAAGAGUCCUUUUGAGCAGAAAGAGCUUCCUAAACAAGGAACCUCGAAAAUGACUGCAAGCAGUGCUGGGUUUCCACCUACCCAAAUAGGAUCCCCACAGAGUCCAGAGAUAUGCAGAGGAAAGAUUGCUCCAGUGUUUGUGGAUAUAAGGACGAAACAGAAGGAUGAAAAGUACGAAAAGCUAAUGGGUGGUAUGAGAGAAGGAGCUGCAAUGCCAAAGGUAGAUGGCGAAAGCAGGAAAAGGAGUUGGAAGCAGACAGUUGAAUCGAGUGUAAGCGAUGAUACUUCAGUCAGAGUCGAGACAAAUGAUGUGGGAAUUGAGAACAGAAACAAUCCACCUGCUGGACAAGGUACUGGACUUGAUGGCUAUGACGCUAGGAGAUCAUCUCAGCAUUGGCAGCAUGUUUCAAACAACAAAGGUGUUAUAGUUGAUGUGAAUGAUUUGGCAAGCCCUCUGAAGAAGGCAUGGUCUAACCGAUCAGCUGGAGAUAGUAAACCUCUGAAAAGAGCAUCGGCUCACCUGUCAGCUGGAGAAAGUAAAUCUCAGCAAAAAGAAGCUAUUUGUGGUGAUGAUCAAAAGCAUGUCGGAGUAACUAGGUCGUGCAGUAAUUCCAUGGAAUGAUGAAAUCAAAAUGGGAUGGGCCUUCAUGAAGGCGAUAUGCAGAAUAACAAGUCUAAAAUUUGGACAGCUAACAAACAGGCUAGACCGCCCUCGGGUGGUGCAAAAAUAGUUGAACUUCUAGUUGAUUCUGUUUUAAAACCAGAUACAGUUCCUGAUAGUAAUCUCCCAGAGGGGUAUGAUUAUCCUGAUAGAGAGUUGCAUUCACGAACAAAGAGAUUUGGUCUCAGCAACUCCUUUGGAGGCUCCAAAAAACCAUCAUCUUUUUCAGAUGAUAAAGGUUUUGAAGAAAUAUUUUGUGAUUUUAAGGAGGACAGAUCUGUGGGAAAGUUUCAAGUACAUCAGGUAUGGGCUCUUUAUGGUCAAAAUAGUACAUUGCCAAGGACUUACGCUCUGAUUAAGAAGAUUGUUCCUGUCCCAUUCAAAUUGCAUGUAGCCCUUCUUGAAGCAUGUGCAGGGCCCAAUAAUGCUGCUCAGUCGGCUUGUGGAACGUUCAAAGUGAAUGAAAAAUAUCAAGUCUAUGCUUCCAGUUCAUUCUCCCAUGCGGUGAAAGCAGUAUGUAUUAAUAGGAACAGGUUUGAGAUCUAUCCAAGAGAUGGAGAGAUCUGGGCACUGUACAAGAACUGGAAAAAAUCAGGUUUGGAUCCAGACAAGUUUGAGUAUGAGAUAGUGGAGGUCAUCGCAAAUACAAAAGACUGGAUAGAAGUUUCAUUCAUGGUGCGUGUGCAUGGUUUCAAGUCAGUCUUUAGGUCUCCACAAAAAGAAAGAUCGCCUCCUGCUUUUCUAGAAAUAAAAAAAGAUGAGUUGGGUAUAUUCUCUCGUCAGAUCCCCGCAUUUCAGCUGAGUGGGGAAAAAGGAGGGGUUUUGAGAGGCUGCUGGGAGCUUGAUCCUGCUUCAGUACCGUCUUCUUUGUUAAGUGAUGCACCAGUUAGUAUGUAAUGUGAUCGGUUAUCCGGGAUUAUAACACACUGAUGGCCUAUUGUUCUCUUCAGUUUAUUGCCAGAUGUUUAAGAUGGUACAAAGCUAUAGGGAGGGCAACAAGGUAGCAGAUGCACUAGCGCGCAUGGGUAUGUAGUUUGUGUAUUAUGAUACCCCUCCCCCUUUUGUAAUGGGUUAUGCAACCAAGACUAUCUAGGACUAGGAUGGUAGGAUAGUCCCAAACCCCCUGUUUGUAUGGUUGUUUCCCGUGAUUUAUUAUUACCAUGUUUGUUUUUAUUGUUCUUGAAAUUAUGUUGUAUGGUGUUGUAAACUAGCUGUAAUUCUGCGGUUAUAUAACCAUAAAAAUACUCAAUUUUUGUAA